AUGCUCGUGAAGGUCGAGGCCGUGUCUGUGCUCGAGAAGGUCGACAGUCUCGGCCUCUCUGUGCCCCUGUCCCUGUCGCUGAGCCUUGCAGGGCGAUACUACGAGCCCAAAUUGACCGACCCCGUCUCGCCCACGGAUGAGGAGUUUGCGUUAUUUAAACCCUGCCGAGAUUUCAACACGUCCCGAUACGGCGAUCCCGUCUCGGUGGUGUGCGAGUCGGGUAAUAUGGACUGGAAAUUUGAACAGAUGAAAAAGCACCUCUAUGCGUACGCAUUUAGCAAGUCACAGAGGCGCACACUCACAUACGACACCAAGCAAACUCUAACUACUAAGGCAAGCCAAAAUCAACGUAUUUAAAAGACCGACUAUGGCAAAGUAGUUGUCCGGAAUCCCGCAGGGUGGAGGAAAGUUCUGAAAAGGGAAAGCAUUGCCGUCUACCAGACUAGCAUGAAGCUACGAAGAAAAGCCGUACGCCCAGGUUUUUCACAAAGUAGGCUUCACAAAUGAAGAAAACUUCGUUCAGGUUUGGUUGCAUUCUCAGACAAGGACGAACUUCUGUUCAUUUUUGCUUAGCCCUACCAGUUGUGUAGAUGGCAAAUCUCCCUUUUCAUUUCAAGGAUGACUCAUACAAAAUUGUGCUCAUUUAUUUAUGAGGACUUUUCGAGCCACUUAGUAUUGCGUUAAGUGAUAAUAAAAAAAAGGAAGUAGUGGGUGAAGGGAUGUUCGAAGUUUAAAUACGAUUGUAACGGGGUUUUUUCUUGAUUAGUAUUUGAUUCGCGAAUUCACUGGUAGAAAUUCGUGAGUGUUUAUUUCUUUCUAAUGCGAGGGCAAGAACCAUUAUUGGUGCCUAGGUAGAGAAAAGUAGACGCACGUGGGAACUGAUUGGAAUGACUGAGCUACAGGCGAGCCACCGUUAUCGCCGAGGCACACGGGCUGCUGGGCGAAGACAUGAUGGACUACUUUAACUGCACCGUUCAAACCAAUAUAAA